AUGAGUGAGUCUAUUCGAGUUGCUGUCAUUGGGGCUGGUAUCAGCGGAGUGGUUACUGCUGGCCAUCUUCUGGCUGCUGGAAUCCAAGUGACGGUUUUUGAGAGAAACAAUGCAUCUGGUGGAGUGUGGCUGUAUGAUAAACGUGCUCCGAUUGAAGCCCAGUACCCAUCACCGAGACCGUCAGCUUCACAGGAAUAUGUGAAGGAUGCGAGGGAAGGUAGCGAAAGAAAGAUCUUACUUCAUGCACCUCCAGGCCCUUGUUACGAAAGUCUCACCAACAAUGUCUCCACCCCUUUACUAGAGACAAAACUCAACACAUGGCCAGAAGGGACUGGUCCGUUUGUAAAGCAUCAUGUGCUUAAGGAUUAUAUCCAAGACACGUCGAAAAAGGCCGGUGUUGAUGAUAUUACCAAAUUUGGCGCCCGAGUCACGCGAGUUCACAAGGACGGGCCGACAUGGACGGUUCACUGGAGUACUUUGAGCGAAGGCCAAGAUCCCGUGGAGAAUGAAGAGUCUGCAAAGGUCCUAUUACUUGGUGGAGGCGUCUCUUCUCUCGACAUAGCCACUGAAAUUAGUGGAACCGCAGACCACGUGUAUCAAAGUACUCGAAAUGGUGCCUUUGAUCUCCCCGCAAGUGCACUUCCUGGAAACGCCUCGAGAAUUGCAGAGGUCGAAGCAUUCGAAAUUUCUACUUCGACAUCCACAAACACCGGACACUUGCCCUUGACCGUACAUCUCAAAUCCGGGGAGACCUUGCACAACAUAGAUACAAUCAUUCUUUGCACAGGAUACCAAAUGGCACUUCCGUUCCUUGAUGAAUAUAACGAUUACGGUGUAUCUGCGGCCGAGGCAAAUGACCAGGUGCUUGUUACAGAUGGCACUCAGGUCCACAACUUACAUGAAGAUAUUUUCUAUAUCCCGGAUCCCACGCUUGCGUUUGUCGGCAUUCCUUUCUACACUGCGACGUUCUCGUUGUUCGAGUUCCAAGCUAUAGCGGUGGCAGCCUUCCUAUCUGGGGUUGCGCAGCUUCCAUCUACUGCGAGCCUUCGGACGGAAUAUGAGAAUCGUAUUAAAGAGAAGGGACUUGGACGGAGCUUCCAUUCACUCAAGGAUCAAGAGCAACCUUAUGUCGAGAAAUUAAUCAAAUGGGUCAAUACUGGGAGAAUUGAGCGUGGAUUGUCGUUGAUUGAGGGUCACACUCAGACCUGGAUCACCGAGAAAGCAGCUUUGAGCGCGAGACUUCAGUUGAUCAUGACAGGGAAGCUUUCUCGGGCAGAUCUUCUCAAACGCCCUUUGGAGGUGGGAGUGACUGCAUGA